AUGGGCGUGGAGAAUCCAAACAAACCCCUGAGAGGCAGGAAGAAAGAAAACAGACCACCUUGCUUAAACGGGGACGCCACACCAACCUCCAGCGUGUCCUGCCAGCUACCACGGGACCCCCAAGCGGUGGCUGGCCCUGUCGAGAUCAGAGGAGCCAACACAAAGAGACUUCUGCUGCUGGCGCCCCCGAGGUUCCUGGCAGGGCGAAGGGAAUGUCCCACGGUGGCGACGGGAGUGAAAUACGCACGCCUUAUUUAUAUUUUGCAUAUCUACAUAAUCAACAAAAGGGAAGGGGGAUUUCCCCCUGGUCUUGGUGGCCUAGAAGUGGCUUCCCCAAAUCUGGUUCCACCCUGUGGCCAGUCACAAGGGCCCCCGAGGGAACAUAGAGGGCCAGAAUGGGAGAGCAGUCUGGGAGACUCCGAUCUGAUUUCCCUGCUUUGCCGUGGGUCCUCUGUGGAACAAAGAAACAUUCAGAAAAAUGUCAACAUUAACCUGUCCUGGGACUCCUUCAGUGACGUUCCUGUUUUCCGUCGCAGCUCUAGGGCUGCCGUUCCUGCUUCGAACUGUAUCAGGUCAGCUGCCCAUGGAAAGUCACCAGUAGUGUCUAUCCGAGGUGCCAAACCAGAUCGACGCACCUUGGUCCAGACCAAUCUCUCGUGCCCUUAUCAGCUUUCUUGGGACCGCCCCACUGUGGUCUCUGGUGGUCCGUCCCAGCAGCAAAGCAACCUUGAGACCAAACUGCGGUGUUGUUGCCAAUUGGAAAACGUGGCCUGCGUGGACGAGUCUUCCUGCCUUCCCGCCGUGGAUCAUGGCCAGGGCUUGAUUCAACUGCGUUUGGAAAACAGCCCUAAGAAUGACUUUUUGGGAAGGAGACAAUAUUGGAGCCGGAAACCAAGGGAAGGACAUUGUCUCCAUGGGGUUCUCCAUUCUUGCAAUGAUAUCCCCAAGAGCAGGACCCAAAACAAAGACCCACACGUGUUAAAACAUCGAAGGGGGUGUUCCUUUGUGUCGAAAGGGAGCUCCAGAAUUGUUGGAGCCCUUGGUGAUUCCUUCUGCUCCACCAACUUUCAUGAGAGACCCUCGGCCUGCUCUUUUCUCCAUGACCAGCGUUUGUGUCUGGAGAACCCUGGCAGUGGUUUUAGCUCCUCACCUCCUGGGCCUGCCCUCACCUUGGACCACCUGAGGUCCCCCACCUCAGUGAAGAGCCCCACAACCUCAACUGGGUUGCAUGUCCUCUUGGGCUCUUCUCAAGUGUCCGCCGAUCUCCAUAGCUCCAUCCAGCGCCUUAAACAAGAAACGGCUUCGAUGGGGGCGCUCAGUUCCUUCCCGUGCGAGUCCAAGACUGUCCCGCUACCUCAUCUCUCACACUUUGAUCCUCAGGGCUCCGCCUCGGGCAGUCUGAGCGCCACAGAGAAGCUUGAUGGGGAAAAGAGUUGCGCCAAACAAGCCAGCGUGAAAUGGCAAAGCACCUUUGCUAGGGGCUGGGGCCCUGGUUCCACCCCCGGCUCUUUGGAAGAACUUCACCCUGUUGGUGACAAGUGCAGAAAUGCAGGUCUGUAUGCACGCCCACUAGAGGCCCCAGACCAAUUCUGGCCGUUGGCCUUCUACGGUGGAGUUGCGUCAACCUCCUUGUUUCGUCGAGGAGAGGAAACUUUCUCUAGCUCUUCCGUCUGCAACCUUGGCUGUUGCUCCCAAAUACAGGAGGUUCUGGAAAGAGGGGAUCCCAGUGGUCAUCUAAAACCGCAUUAUCACCAAAAAAGGCUUGAUCCGGAAGAGCUUUCCUCCAGGUUCUUCCAUUGCCCGGAGUUGAGGCAUGGGGACACCCUCUUGUGUCUUCCCUCCUUCGAUGGUUUGGAGGUGUCCUUGGAGACGUUGCGUGCCAGGGCUCCGGGGAAUGUGGGGGUGACUGUGGAUAGCACCCCAAGGGAAGUGCAUGUGACCAUCCGUGCUCCUGAAGUCGACCAGUUGGGUGAUGGUUCUGAAUAUGUGGACUUACAGGAACUUCCACACGAACUGGCAGGAGCUGACAGGGGCCCUCCAACCGUACAGACUAUGGAUAAAGGUGCCUUCUUCCUGCCUGCUCACAAUUCUUUGGCGGAGAUACCCAGAAGACGGCUCAGAGAGCGCUCAUCAGCUGUCCUGGGCGGUCUGAUCCCAUCCAACAUUGGGGGAAGUGCUCCCAGUUCCAAGAAUCCCAGCAGUGAUGCUUGUUGGGCUGAUGUGGGACGUGCAAGAGCUGAACAGUCCUCUGGAGAAAAGAACACUGAAAACUCCGAAUGUCAACACUAUGAGGAGAGUUGCUAUGGAAUGGACACUGUGCAGCAGGAGGCUCUGAAAAGAAAUAAAGGAUCGAUCGAUGGAGAGCAAAACAGGUUGCCUCAACAAAACCACCUGCUGCUGGCAAGAUGUUUUGCCGCAUGGCGCGACCAAGUCCUCGAUAGAAGGGCUGCCGCUCAGGUGCUGUACAAGCGGCAGCUGCUGCGUAAGGGAUUCACGGCCCUGAAAUGGGCGGCGGAGCUACGGCGCAUCAAAGUUGGCGUCGCCCAGCGGAGGCACAAUCGGACGGUGCUGGCUGCCAGCUUCCGCCAAUGGCAGGGUGCCGUGGCUAAGCAGCGGAAGGCCCGAGCAGCGCGGGCUGAGAAGGAGACUCGCAGCAGAAGUUCGCUAGCAGCCCCGGGAGGAGAGACGGUUGCCAAGCGCCCUGUCUUGUGGCAGCUGUCCUCAAAGUGUCGGGAAGCAACCGCCCAGUACAGCAGGGCAGAGGGAAACCUGUGGAUGCAGAUUAUCCACAACCAGGGAGUGGACAAGUUGCACGGAAAGGCCCAGGCAAUCCGGGACAUGCGGAGUCUGGCUGCAGCAUUCAGACUGUGGCGUCUGCAGAAGGAAAGCCUGGAUGAGGAGGAGUCCCGCGCCCGAGAUGCUCGCGCCCUCCUGGAGAAAAAGAGGCUGAGGGACGCGUUCAGGACGUGGCAGUCCCACCACAGAGCGACCGAGCGCGUUUUGCCGCUGGUGGCUGAGAUCCAAAGGAGGCUGCUCAGCCAGUGCUUCAACACCUGGAAGGGCUUUGCUGAAAGGGAAGCCUGCAUCAGAAGCAGCCUGGACCAACGACGGAUCGGUACCCUGAGGCUGUGUUUCCAGCAGUGGGCCCUGAUGGUGCAGAUCCAGGAACGGACCAGAAAGACGCUGCUGAAGCUGCUGGCCCUGAGGCGAAGGAUUGCUUAUGCAAGGUUUGGUCUCACUCUGGACUCUCCUGCUACACAACCACAUCUGAACGUUGGAAGGCAGUCCCGGAGGAAUGCACCCGGCACCGUGGAUGGCCUCUAUGUUGCGUUGGUGCGACAGGAAAUGUUUUACACUUGGAAGGCAAGAUGGUGUCAGCACCAGCGCCUCAACGCCUUCCGUCAAGCUGCAAAGCAAAGGUUGCUCAAGGCGGCUCUGGGACAGUGGAGAUUGAGGGCCCUCCGUCCACCUCCUCUCAGAAGCUGCCCCAGGGAUCUUGAUGCAGAGUCUGUCUUUACCUCUCUGGAUCUGGAGGAGUGCUCUGUGUCCUCCGGCUUCCACAGCAACACACCUGCCCAGCCUACCUCCAGUUACUCUUUGGAAAGGGAGAGCACUCUGACGGACAGUAGCCCCGGCAGCGUCUCCUCCUUGGUGACCAUCGCAGACUCCGGGCCCUUUCUCCACCACCCCUCCCCGUCUUUGACACCCUCUCCUGGCCGGGAAGAUCUUGAGGGUGAAGCUGUGGGGUUCCAUGUUGGGGCAUCCUCUCCUUCGAGGAACAUCAAGAAAGAUGGCGUCACAAGGGACCCCUUCCAGUCUCCGGGGUUCCUUAGCCGAGAUCGCAGAGUUCACGCCACCCCUGUGCUCUCGUCAUGGGAAGCAGGAAGAUCCGGAAGAGACGAAACGGAUAUUUUUGAGAAUCAGAGGCGGCUCUUGGCAAGAUGCUUCGCGCUCUGGUCAUCUCAGACUCUGCAGAAUUUGAGGGCCAGGUGGCUUCACAGGCGCGCCCUCCUCUCCCGGGCAUUUAUUUCCUGGUCCGUUGCCACAGCCCGGACUUCUGCACGGCGCCAUGCUCAGAUCUGGUUGGAGAGCACCAGGCAGCAACAGCUUCUGGCCUUCUGCUUCGGGAGGUGGAAGACGGCCGUCUGGACAGCCCAACAGCAAAAGGAGGAGGAAAGCCUGCGAAGGGGACCUGACGGGUUCUGGGCCACGUGGCGCUGGAGGAAAGCGAUCCGGGGCCGCCAGGCUCUGCGGCUGAACACGGGGACUGUGGUGCAGCAGAGCUGCAACUACUGGACAAAAGCCUCUGCCUUCCAGCUGUGCCUGCGGGAGCGGAGCAGCCUCGUGGGAGCUCCCAAAUUCAUGAAGAUGCCCCUCUCCUGGCCGAGCAAGCAGAGAAGGAGCAGAGAGGAGGGACUCACUCCCAGCUUAGGCGUCCGUGCCAGGCUGAACGGCAGCGCUUUCCACGUCUGGCUGAUGAUCUACAGGAGCCAAAGCAGGGCAGCGGGGCCUUCUCAGCGAGGGCUCCCGGACAGUCCAGGCAGAGCAGAAUGGAGAGUGAGGCACACCCAGGCCCCGAUCAGCAGUGCUGAAAUGGGUUCUAUGAGGUGGCUUUGGAGAAAAUACCUGGGUCUCUGGAGACGCAACAUCCUCUUGCGGCGUUUCCAAGAUGCCCGGAUGAUGCGCCACCUGGUGAGGGCGUGGCUGCUCUGGAAGGAUGCCUGCAGGGCCGAGUGGGUGGUACAAGCGUUGGUGAGGCAGAGGCUGACCCAGUGGGGCUGGAAGAUGUGGAGACGGCGUUACCUGCAGACUCAGGUGGCUGAGCGUUUCCUGGAGUCCCAGGACGGGAGUCUGCUUAGGAGGGCUUUUGAAACCUGGCGGCACCUUGCAAUAGCCAGUCCGGAGGAAGCUUAUAAAUCUCCAAGCCAGCUUCACGCAACACCCUGGCAGAUUUAACCACUGCAGGAAGCCGUGUGCCAAGAGGGACACAGACACAUUCCGGCGAUUUCUCUUCAAUAACACGCAGAAACCAACCAU